AUGAAAAAGCUGUAUAUGUUCUUGACCAUGAUUGUCCCUGGGCCGAGUAAUCCGAAGCACAACAUUGACUUAUAUCUUCAACCACUAAUACAAGAGCUGAAUACGUUGUGGGAGCAGGCUUUAAUGUGGACGAUCAAUGACUUUCCGGCUUAUUCGAUGUUGUCCGGGUGGAGUAUUGCGGGCCGAUAUGCUUGCCCUUACUGCAUGGAUGAUUCACAAGCCUUCUACCUUACGCAUAGCAAAAACAUGUGUUGGUUUUAUUGUCAUAGAAGGUUUUUAGAUAGAAGUCAUCCCUAUAGGAGAAAUAGAAUAAAUUUCAGAUCAGGCGUUGUUGAGAAAAGGGAUCCGCCUGUUAUUCGGACUGGACAUGAAUUACUUGAUGAGUUAGACCAGUUUGGUUUUUUGAGAGUCUAUGAAGAAGAUGCACCGGAACAUAAUAAAGAGGUUAGUAAUUACUCUGCUGGAUGGAAGAAGAAGAGCGUACGUAUACGUGCCUUGCUUCAAUGGUUGAAGAGUAUUAGAUUUCCCGAUGGUUAUGUCUCCAAUAUGGCAAGGAAUAUUGACAUGGCCAAGCAUCAAUUGUUUGGCAUGAAAAGUCACGACUGUCAUGUUUUCAUGCAACGCUUAAUUCCAAUUGCAUUCAGAGAAUUGCUACCGGUGAAGGUUUGGGAAGCUCUUACCGAGUUGAGCUUAUAUUUUAGAAGUUUGACAACCACAAAGCUAUGUGUGGAGGAUUUGAGGAAGAUGGAAGCAUAUAUUCCGGUUAUCAUCUGCAAACUAGAGACUAUAUUUCCAUCUACAUUCUUUGAUAGUAUGGAAUACGUUUCUAUCCAUUUGGCAUAUGAGGCUAGGAUUGCAGGACCGGUCCAAUACAGAUGGAUGUAUCCGUUUGAGAGGUACCUUAGACAUUUGAAACUGAAUGUGAAAAAUAAAGCUCAUGUUGAAGCGUCGAUAUGCAACGCAUAUUUAACCGAGGUCAGAGACCUUCCCAGGAAUGAUGAUGGAAGUUACAACAAUAUUGUCACUGGUGUAUUCACAAUCUUCAAUCAUCCAAUAAGGUUUCAUGGAAAAGGAAAAGCGUAUGUUUUGGAUGAAAGAGAUUACGAGAUUGCACAUAGAUACGUGCUAAUGAACUGUCCAGAGGUCGAUGUAUUCGUAUCUGAGUUCAAAACUUCAAUUCAAAGACAUCAAUUGAAUUGGUCAAGUCAGAGGAUUGAAGUAUUCCAUACAGUACUUCAUGCAUCAAAUAAAUCUACAGACAAUAGUGGAGUGUGCGUCAAAGCUGCUGACAACAGUCGGGACGAAGAAGAUUUUUACGGGCAACUGCUUGAAAUUGUUGAGGUUGAAUACCCGGGGAUACCUAUCAAAAGAGAAUCCAAAGAUGCUGAUUUCCAAGAAGAAAAUAGGGACCAUAUUGAAAUUGAAGAAGAUGUUUCCCAAACACUGCUUCUUGAUCCAUCUGACGAAAUUGUUCAACAGGUGCAUGAUAAUGAUGAAGAUACUGAAGAAGAUGUAGAUCUUGUACUGUCAGAAAACGAAGAAUCCGAAACUGAAGAUGUCGAGAACGACGACUAUUUUAGUGAUGAAGAAUAA